GUAAUUUUUAUCAGCAGACAGUUUAUGUACACGUGAUAUUUUUAAUUUUAUAAACAAUAUAGUAAAUAAAAAUAAAUAAAUUGAUUAAUUAUUCAUGACAGAUGACAUUAAUAAAGUUAAUUAACUACCAGUUUAUUUUAUAAACGUAAUUAGUAAUAAUGAGUUUUAUAAAUAUUUUCGCUAAACAAUCUAGAGUAUUUUUGAACCCUGUAUUGAGACAAUGUACUGCAGCAAGAAAUAUUUUUACUGAUAUUACUCCAAGUUGUUUUAGAAUAACGGAUGCUCUGUUUGGUGAGCCGCUGAAAAAAAAGAAAAAAUUAGACCCUGCGAUAAUAAAACAAAGACAAGAACGUAAGCGUAGAAAGAUAGAAAAACAAAUUCGCCGAUUGGAAAAACAUGCGAGACAAUUAAAACCUAUUGGUGAAUGUGAGAUUCCAUUCAAAUUAGUUGAGGAACAAAAACAAAGAACACGUGAGCCUCCAAAGCUGACACCUGAAAUCCUCGAAGAGAGAGCUCUGCUGUUCAAAGACUGGUGUCGGUACAAACAUCAUCAGUACGUUGAAGAUUUAGAAACAACUGAUACAAUAAUCUUAUCACAGAAGAAAGCUCUAGAGGAGCUAAAAGCCGAGUCAGUUGAUCUCUAUAAUGCGGCACUAGAGUUAGAUUUAUCAUUGAUGUCUUACGAAGCCAAAGGACCAACGUUUACUCCUCCGAUUCCUAAUUACCAACCUCCAGAUGGCGAUUACUUCGACGUAACGAAAAAAUACGAAGGGGAAUAAAUAAAUAUAUUUAUUUAAUUAUUUAUUUAUAUAUAUAUGUAUGUAUAUGUAUAUAUAUAUAAAUAAAUUUUCAUCAUCAUAACUGUCAAAAAUAUGUAUGAUUUAGUAAAACGAUGCCAAGGCUUGAGAGAAUUAUAUAAAUGUGUGAUACCUUAAGUAUUAUAACUUAUAACCAACUCAUUUAGUUGAUAAUCGUACAGGCUUGGUAAAUAUUAUUGAGUUAUAUUUAAAGAUUAUCAUUUUUACAUAAGUCCAUAUUUGUAUUGAAUUUAAUUUCUAUUAAUACUUAUUCACUAUUUAGUUUCAUAUUAUAAAAUAAACUGCCUAACAAUUA